AUGUCAAAAGCACCAAUUCUGUGUAGAAUAUUAGCCAUUACAUCAUAUGGGACCUCCACCCAAUUCCUCUCUUCUGUUUCUUGUCCUUUUGAUUUUGAUGUCAUUGUAUUUGUAGCCCCACUCCGGCGACCUAGUUAUUGGUUAUUCAAGCAUGGAGUAUCGAUUUCUCUGUGGAUUUUGCUUUUGCGAUUAAAAGAACAUACAACGUUUAAGGCAUCGACGACUCAGGAGUGUAAGUUGUUGAUAUUUGCUUUAGAUGUUGAUUGCGUUCUGCUCUACGGGUUGCUUAUCAGCUCUACUCAAGGUGAAGUAGGAAGAAAAGUUCUGGCAGAUAUUAGCAAUUCUCAGGGUAAUCUUCAAAAGAAUGAAGCUUUUAAUGGCUCCAAAUCUGGAAAAGUUAAAAUGGAAAAAGUAGCAUAUUCUCAACGGGCUUCAAUUGCUACAAAAUCAAGGGAUGCGAGUUCUUUAUCAGGGAGCAGUGUUGGAAGCCAGAGUGAAGCUGUUGAAAGUCGUGUUACACAGGGGUAG